AUGUCAGAUAAGGUAUAUGUUAACAUCUUCGAAUUCGAAGAUGAGGCCAAGAAGAACUUGACAAACAAUUCUUACACUUAUUAUAGAUCUGGUGCAAAUGGUGAACACACAUUAAGAGAUAACAUUGAUGCUUAUGCCAGAAUUAAGAUGAACCCAUACGUAUGUGCAGGCUUAAAAGAUAUUGAUUUGAGUACCACCGUCCUUGGUUAAAAGUUAAAUAUUCCUAUUGGUAUUGCUCCUACUGCCAUGCAUAGAAUGGCUACUCCUAGAGGUGAAUUAACUACUGUUACUGCAGCUAAGAAAGUUGGUACUAUCUAUACUUUAAGCAGCUUAGCAACCACUAACAUGGAAGAUGUAGCUAAAGAAUAACCUGAUGCUCUUCGUUGGUUCCAAUUAUAUAUCGCAAAAGAUAGAAAAAUUACUGAAGUCAUGGUAAGAGAAGCUGAAAGACUUGGAUAUAGAGCUAUUGCUGUCACUGUUGAUGCUCCUUACUUAGGCAUCAGAGAAGGUGAUGAAAGAAACAAAUUCACUCUUCCUUCCCACUUAAAACUCGAAAUAUUAGAAAGCUUCAAAAAAGAAUUUGCAGUCAAAGGCAAAGGAGGCAGUGGACUCUUUGAAAUGUUUAAAGAUCAAAUUGACCCUGCUAUGAGCUGGGAAGAUAUCAAGUGGUUGAAGUCCUUCACAAAAUUACCCGUUAUUUUAAAGGGUAUCCAAAAUGGCGAAGACGCCCUUAGAGCUGCUCAACUUGGUGUUCAUAUUUGGGUUACAAAUCACGGUGGUAGAUAAUUGGACACAGUUAGAAGCACAAUUGAUAUGCUACCUGAAGUUAUGCAUGCUAUUAAGGAUUACAGAAACACUGUUGAAGUUUAUGUUGAUGGAGGUAUCAGAAGAGGAACCGAUGUUUUAAAGUGUCUCGCUUUAGGAGCUAAGUGUGUUUUUAUAGGAAGACCUCUAUUAUUCUCUUUAGCAGCUGAAGGAGAAUAGGGAGUCUUAAAGAUGUUCUAACUCUUUGAAAAAGAAAUGAAAGUAGCUAUGAUGCUUCUUGGAGCAGGUAAAAUUUCCGAUCUUGGCCUUAAGCAUCUUGUUAAAGCCACUAUCCCUGUUUCAAAUCUUUGA